AUGACUCUAACUCUAAGCAUGGCGGAAACCCUAGAUUCUCUCAUCGACAACCCCCAAGAAACCGAUUACUCCUACGCUCAUCCCGAUGAAGAAGUCAACACUAACAACAUCGAUCUCUCUCUCCUCCGCAUCAACAGCUUCGGAAACUCCUCCGAUCGCCGCCGCGCGAACUCAUCUCCUCCGCAGUUUCCAUCGCACGGAUCUUUCGGCUCUUCUUCAACCGCCGCCGCAACCACCAGCCCCGUGAAACGCCCCUCCCCGGAGUCUAAAGAAGCCGAUGAGCCUAGACGCAAGAAGCUCUUUCUUCCCCCACCGCCACGUGACGCUGAGGAUGACCAUACGAUGUCGAAUCGCAUGGGAUACUCUAAGAUUCCUCUUCCUGUGGAUUCUAACCCGACGCGAGUCCGUCCCAUCUACAGACGAUCUCUCUCCGAUACAUUUGCUUCCCGAAGCCGUGUCGCUCAAGAAACAGCACCUUCUCUUCCUCCGCGGCCUCCGGUUUUCCGGAGGUGCGUCUCUGAUGUUUCACCGGGACCUUCGAGGGGGAUUCAAGAAACUUCUGAAGCCAAUAAGAUGCUGUAUGCUAUCAAGAAUGGAGUUGUUGAAUUGGAUCAGUGGUGUAAUAAGCUUCUACAGUACGGUGAAUUGGUUUCUUCUGUGAAACGAGAUGACACUGACCCUAAGGAAGAAGAUGAAUCACAAGAGGGGGAGGGCCAAGAGAAAGAGUGUAAAGAAGGAGUGAAGGUGGACAGAGUUGGUGAGGCCUUUGUGGUUGAGAUCAACUGUCCUUGUGGUAGAAACUACAGAACUCUCUUCUCUGGCCGUGACUGCUACUACAAGCUCUUGUAG